AUCGUCAAAUAUGCAUUUUCUGAAUAAUUAUCGAAUCGAUUUUUUGUAUUAAAUGAAAUAUAAAGAAUUAAUAAAGCAGUAAUCAGAGAAAAUUCGUCAAAGACCGAUAACGGGGAAAAGGGGCUGUGGAAUUGUGCUGCUUCAAAAUAUGUCGUCAUUUCGCUGAACAUCGCAAAAGAACGCUCGGAUUGGCAUACAUUUCAACGUGGCCACACCUUUUGAUGAAGGCCAACAAAACUUUACCAAUUUUAAAUUUGCUAGUUUAUUCAUUAUUUUUGAUUUUAAACAGGUAAAUCAUUCCCAUUUCCGAGACCUAAUUUCCUAAUUUAAAAUGUCAGCGCCACUGUGGGAGAAUUCCUGACUAAUUGUCAACCCAAGAAGAAGAAGAAGAGAAGAAGAAGCUUCAACGCUUGGACGCAGUGACGGAGCUUUAGCAGUUACGUUCAGUUUAGCUUCAUUAUAGUUUAACCUUCAAAUCGAAAAAAGAAGAAGCUUAACCUCUUUUAAGUUAAGUCCGAGUGAUAAUUAUACGUGAAACUAGCAGAAUGGAAGACAAUCAACUAAUGUGCCUGAGAUGGAAAGACCACCACAGUACCCUAAUGCAAAAAUUCGGCUCAUUAAUAAAAUCCGACAACCUAGUAGAUUGCACUUUAGCGGCCGAGGGGAAGUUCCUAAAGGCGCACAAAGUGGUCCUUUCUGCGUGCAGUCCGUAUUUUCAGGGCCUUCUGCGUGAACAUUAUGAUGAGCACCCCGUUUUCAUACUCAAAGAUGUUAAGUUUAAUGAGUUGAAGGCCAUGAAGGAUUACAUGUACAAGGGAGAAGUGAAUAUAUCCCAAGAUCAAUUAGCAGCCCUCCUCAAGGCUGCAGAGUCUCUACAAAUAAAAGGGCUUUCGGAAAGUAAUCCCUAGGCAGACUUUAUCACAAAUCUUUGCAAGAGAUCUACCCAAAGAACCGUCAAUCAUCUCCAUCCCACAGUGCAGAUUUGGAUUUAUCCAAAUACGAGAUUGGACAGUCUUUUUUUUAAUGUCCUUCGGAUUUAACGAAUACAUCUACAUCACGGAAAUCGCGCUUCAUGCUCGAUUAAAAAAGUAUAUCCAAAAUGCGAUAUUUUUUAUAGUAUGUUGAACUUCAUUAUAUUGAAUGUGUGUCUUAUUAAUUUCUGUAACAUUGAUCUGGUCUGUUUAUUCAGAUAUCACAAAAUAAAGUACAAAUUUUACUA